CCUGAAAAUGCACAGAGGAGAUUUUGUUUGUGAGAGGCGGGAUGUGAUUAUAGCUGGAAUUUGACCAACAUGAAGGAGAUGGUUGGUGGUUGCUGUGUUUGUUCAGACGAGCACGGAUGGGCAGACAAUCCCCUGGUUUAUUGCGACGGUCAUGGGUGCAAUGUAGCCGUUCAUCAAGCAUGUUAUGGUAUCGUACAUGUUCCCACUGGACCAUGGUUUUGUCGAAAAUGUGAAUCGCAAGAAAGGGCAGCAAAAGUGCGCUGUGAGCUGUGUCCUCAGAGAGAAGGUGCAUUGAAAAGAACUGACAAUAAUGGUUGGGCCCAUGUUGUAUGCGCUCUAUAUAUUCCUGAAGUACGUUUUGGAAAUGUGACCACUAUGGAGCCAAUAAUACUGAAGUUUGUCCCUCAUGAGAGAUACACCAGGACAUGUUACAUCUGUGAGGAGCAGAACCAGGCUUCUAAAGGCAGUGUUGGAGGCUGCAUGCAGUGUAAUAAGGCUGGCUGUAAGAUGUACUUCCAUGUCACCUGUGCCCAGUCUCAAGGCUUGCUGUGUGAAGAAGCAGGCAACUACAACGAUAAUGUCAAAUAUUGUGGAUAUUGUGCUUAUCACUACAAGAAACUGAACAAGGACAGUCAUGUGAAAGUGAUCCCACCAUAUCGUCCAAUCAGAGGAGCUAGUGUGACGCCAGAUGUCACACCAGAGAAGACGGAUGCUGGGAAACAAAGGAACAAGGACAGCAAGUCCAAACAGACCCACACUUCAUCUUCUUCCACAAUUACAUCUUUAGCAGCAACCAAAUUUACGACUGCCAAUUUUACCGAAACCUCUGUAGUUCCUACAACAACAGCAAUACCGUCAUCAGCAGACAAUGUUACAGUUGAUAGAAUGAAAGUGGAAAACAUAAAAAACACAUCCAAUUCAAAUUUUUCUGAUUCUGAGGCUAGUAACCAUGGCAACUCUGAGCAGAGCAAGGUGUCGUCUGCUUCAUCAGUGACCCAGAAUUCCACUGUGGGGUCUCCCAGUUUUCAGUCAGAAUUUAAUAAGCAGUUUGAAUGUUUUGUGCAAAGUAAAGUGAAGACGGCAAACAAUUCUGUGACUUCUGCAUCAGUGACGACAACAGCAUCGUUGACUGUAGUUACGCCAACAGCAGCAUCAGCAAACACUGUGGCCCCACUGAAUGUAACCGUGGAUACAGGACCUCCAACUGUUGUCACGGCAACAGUAGUGUCACCCACCGCUACUGUUUCCCCACACAUUGUAUUAUCUGGAAAGAGAAGCAGGGGGGAAGGAGAAGAGAAGGAAAAGAAAAAGAACAAGAAAUCAAAGCAGCAUCCAGAUUCCCAGUUACCCCUACAGCAGCAGCCUAAAACUAAGACUGUCAAGGAGAUGCUGGCUGCAGGGAAGAAACAAGGACGGAAGGGGAAAAAUAACAGCAAGCAGACUGGGUCUUCUGGUGGUCUUUUGAGUCCAGACUCUUUACAGUCCUCAGGGACUGUGGGAGGUUUUAUCAGCCAUCCUACCUCUGAGAUUGUUUUAAAUGGUGGUCCUUAUAUCUCGCCUCCUAAACCGAAGAGUUCCAGCAGCUCUCCAAGAGGAUCUGAGCACAGUCCAAAUUCCAGUUUUCCUAAAACUAUGGAGGAGCUGCUAGAGCGGCAGUGGGAGCAGGGCUCCACAUUUCUCAUUGACCAAGGACAGCAUUUUGAUAUUGCCUCGCUCUUAAGCUGCCUGAACCAGCUCCGCCAGGAAAACAUGCGCCUGGAAAACCACAUCCGUAGCCUGGCCAGUCGACGCGAUCAUCUUCUGGCGAUCAACGCUCGUCUGUCCCUCUCUCUGUCACUCCCAAACACGCCCAAUGCUAACAGUGCCACUGGUCAACCAGGUCAGCAAGCUGGACAUGGGGUUGGUGAGAGCGUCAGCCCACAAGCGUCUCGGAGUCCACGGGUGAAUAAUGUGAUACCAACCGCUGGAGAGACUGGUUCCUUGACACUGCAGAACUCUGAUACAGGUCACUCCAACCAUGGUCAGUCUUUGUCCAGGAGUCCAGGGAGGUCCAACAACACCACGCCCCUCAAUUCAGUCCAUGGCGGUCACACUGGUCAGUCUUAUAGUCCAGCAGGUUCAGGUAAUAGCAAGAGCCCCAGAACCACCCCUGCUCCAGAGAGGGGGAGUCCGUAUGCAGCAGCAGCAUCAUCUUUAUCAUCGUCUGUACCAGCAGCCACCUCCAUAGCAGCACCAGUAACGGCACCGUCUGGGACGGUAGAAUAUAGACCGACAGCAACCGUGUCCAUGCCAACUGCAUCUAUGGCAACAGUUUCCAUGCCGAUAUCUACGGCAAAGAGUGCAAACCCAGGUGCUGCCAUAACAACAGGGGGUGGAAGUGUGAUACCAGGAGGUUUCCUGGAUACUGCAAGAUCCACUGGAACUCUGAGUACCACUCAGCUAGCUGGCAUGACAUCCCAGCAGUACUAUCUGGACUUGUUACAGCAGCAGAGGUCGCUGCAGGCACACUCACUGGAACUGAACCACCAGUUACUUUAUCCCAUUCCUCACCCAGGCGCUUUCAUUCCUACGCCCUCUAUGUUACAGACCAGUCGGCCAGCGUCAACUCCAAUUCUAGGAGGCGGAAAAAUAACGGUAUCCAAGCAAGAGCCACAGCCAAAGAAUGCGUAGUAAUUGCAGAGCUCUGAAUGUUGGGUAUAGGAUAUAUCAUUUUAUUGGUACUGUUCUUUUUUCCAUUGGAACAAAGUUACAAUUUGAUUCUGUUUGAGUCAGUUUAUUAAAGAGUUCAAAGGUAUGAUUUCUCAAGCGUUUUUUGUUUAAGUUUUUAACUUGGGUACUGGUGUUAAGAUGACACUAUUUCUUAUAUUAUUAUAAUUAUUCAGAAAAGAAAUUCAGUUAAAUUGGGAAUUGUUAUAUUGUAACACUAACAGGAUCAUUAUGAUAGAAUGUGGUUCUCUAUUUUUACCAGAAUUAUAUCAAAAUAUUCCUAAUUUACUUUAGGGUCAACUUUUAAUUACUAUAAUUAUUCUUUACAUUUAUUUUCUACAAGCUCACUAAAACUUAUUUUUAUUAUAAGUUUCAUAAUUUUAGUGAAAAAAAGUUAUAUACAAACAGUUGUUGUGAAUGUUUAAUACCUGGAAUUUCUGGCCAAGUCUAAGCGGCAGAAGUAUCAUGUUUAUUUUUUUCAUAGUGAUUGAUCUGUGGUAUUUUAUUGUUUAGUCUUCCAAAUUUCAUUCAUAUUGGCCUGUGCUAGUAUUAAUUUUUUUUUUUU